AUUUUCAUAAUUUCUGAAAACACGUCUGCAAAUAUUAAUGAUAUCGACUCCGUGCGAAAAGUGACGUCACGGCGAACCCGCAAGCUUUCCAAUAACAGAACCUCUAGACUAAUAUUCUAUACGGCGAAUCCUGCUACAGCAUAUUUUAUCAUCAAUUCUAACGCUACUACACAGAGACGUCACUGGAUGGUAGGAACAACGCCCGGAAUUUAUUUUCAAAUCUAGGGUUCUGUAUGUUUAAAUUUUGUGCAGUGUUUGAGGAUUAAAAGCAGACGUGAUGACACCGCGCCGUGUGUUGGAUGUAGACGGGGCACCCGAAUGAAAAAAACUAAGGGAAUAACGUAUGCGGUUCCUAUAUUUACAUGAGCCAAGCCCGUCUAGAAUUCAGCGCUAUCUAGGUCGUGUAUUUUGUGGCUGAUGUUAGGAAUGUAUAUUUAAUCAUUUAUGGAUAUAAUCGUAUCAACACGGGCGUAGCAACCUUUAAUAAAGCCCCUUGUGCGGUCAAAAGGGGUUUGUGAUAAAUAGGGGUUCCCAGGUUGCCUUAUUUUUGUAAGAAGUGUGCCAAAAUUCUUGAAUAUCAAUCAUGGGGUGUACUUUAAGUGCUGAGGAUCGGGCCGCUAUGGAGCGAAGUAAACAGAUUGAAAAGGGAUUAAAAGAGGAUGGAAUACAAGCAGCAAAGGACAUCAAGCUUCUGCUGCUCGGCGCAGGUGAAUCUGGAAAGAGCACGAUUGUUAAACAAAUGAAAAUUAUCCACGAGGGUGGGUUCACGUCGGAAGACAACAAACAAUUUAAGCCUGUCGUAUACAGUAAUACAAUACAAUCAUUAGUAGCCAUUAUACGUGCAAUGGGCACGCUGAAUAUACCAUUCGGCGGAAAUGACAGAGAGUCCGAUGCAAAAAUGGUGUUAGAUGUAAUAGCACGCAUGGAAGACACGGAACCGUUUUCUGAGGAUCUGCUGGCAGCCAUGAAAAGGCUAUGGCAAGACGCUGGUGUUCAGGAAUGCUUUGGACGGUCUAAUGAGUAUCAGCUUAAUGAUUCAGCGAAAUAUUUCCUUGACGACCUAGACCGACUGGGUGGCAAAGGCUAUAUGCCCACAGAACAGGAUAUAUUACGAACGCGAGUAAAGACAACUGGAAUUGUAGAAGUCCAUUUCUCUUUUAAAAAUUUAAAUUUUAAAUUAUUUGACGUAGGAGGUCAAAGGUCAGAAAGAAAGAAGUGGAUUCACUGUUUUGAAGACGUUACAGCUAUUAUAUUCUGUGUAGCAAUGAGUGAAUAUGACCAAGUCUUGCAUGAGGACGAAACAACUAAUCGUAUGCAGGAAAGUCUUAAACUUUUUGAUUCCAUUUGUAACAACAAGUGGUUUACCGACACUUCUAUAAUUCUGUUCCUGAACAAAAAGGAUUUGUUUGAAGAAAAAAUAAAGAAAUCAUCACUUACAGUUUGUUUUCCUGAAUAUACAGGCAAGAAUACCUACGAAGAGGCGGCUGCCUACAUUCAGGCCCAGUUUGAAGCGAAGAACAAAAGUUCAACGAAAGAAAUUUAUUGCCACCAGACGUGCGCCACUGAUACCAACAAUAUUCAGUUUGUAUUUGAUGCGGUUACCGAUGUGAUUAUAGCUAACAAUCUACGAGGCUGUGGCCUGUAUUAGAGAUAACUACCCUUCUUCAGGGACAAAGUAUGUGGGGAAAUAUUGAUUGGAUUUCAGAUUAUGUGUGCUAUACUGAGUGGUAUCGUCUGUAAUUCAUCAUUUGAAACG